CCACACCAACACAAACAUUUCUCCAAUUAUUCCUUUAUAUCAAACAAAAUGAUUAGUUUCUUCAGCAAAGGAAAAUCUCUGCUAGCAAUUUACACCCUGCUUGCCCUACUUCUGGCCUCCGGAAAAUGGGUUUCUGGCCAGAACUGCGGCUGCGCAUCUAACUUGUGCUGCAGCCAAUACGGCUAUUGUGGCACUGGCAAUGAUUAUUGUGGCGACGGAUGCCAGGCCGGCCCGUGCUACGCCCCUCCGGGAAAUAAUGGAGUCAAAGUUGCGGAUAUCGUCACUGAUUCGUUCUUCAAUGGGAUUGCUAAUCAGGCCCCGUCAGGCUGCCCUGGAAGGGGAUUUUACACCAGGUCUGCUUUUCUCCAGGCCCUUGCAUCGUAUCCGAAGUUCGGGACGACCGGUUCCGUGGACGAUUCUAAGCGUGAGAUUGCUGCGUUCUUCGCGCAUGUCACCCAUGAGACUGGACAUAUGUGCUCUAGAGUAGAGAAUGGUGGCCAAUCUAAAGACUAUUGCGACGAAAAUAACAGACAGUGGCCGUGCGCACCGAAUAAGGGCUACUACGGGCGAGGACCCCUGCAACUAUCGUGGAACUACAACUACGGCCCGGCAGGGCAAAGCAUAGGCUUCGACGGAUUGAACAACCCUGAAAUCGUAGCAAGAGAUGCAGUUGUUUCAUUCAGGACAGCUUUCUGGUUCUGGAUGAAUAAUUGCCAUAACGCCAUAACUUCUGGACAAGGCUUCGGGGCCACGAUUCGUGCCAUUAACGGUCCCCUUGAAUGCAAUGGAGCAAAUCCAGCAACGGUGACUGCUCGUGUUAAUUACUACAGAGACUAUUGUAAUCAACUUGGAGUUAAUCCUGGAACUAAUCUUCGGUGUUAGAGAAGAGAGGUGGGAAAUAUGUGGACGUAGUGAAUAAAAGCCUCUUCCACGAGCAAUAAGAAGAAUUGGGGGUAAUGUUGUGGUUUUUGCCUAAUGUGCGGGUGUUGAAUUUUUUGGAUUAUGUAAUCUCUCAAAGUGAUAUGUUUCACUGCAACACAAUGUAACGUUAAUAUAUUAAGUAAUAAAUUUAAGGGUUGCUGUUAGGAAUCAAA